UGGGGUUCCUGCUCUGUAUAAACGGGGUGCCUCUGCAAAGCUGUGGAGAGGCCAGGGAGCUGAGCAGUUACCAUGGCCCUGGGACCUGCUAUACUCUUCAUCUUGACCCUCUACAUCAAAGACCUGGCCGUACAUGCUGAUGACACCUGCCCAGAAGUGAAGGUCCUGGAUCUGGAAUGUUCGGACAAGCUUACCAUCCUUCGAGGCUGCCCUGGCUUGCCUGGAGCUGUGGGGCCCAAGGGAGAAGUAGGUGCCAAGGGAGAUACAGGAGAGAGAGGCAUCCCUGGACCACCUGGGAAGGCAGGACCAACUGGACCCAAAGGAGACCAAGGAGAGAAAGGAGUAAAAGGAGAGAAAGGAGACACCGGGCUGUCUCAGUCAUGUGCUACAGGACCUCGGACCUGCAAGGAGGUGCUCACCCGAGGCCACUUUCUUACUGGUUGGUAUACCAUCUACCUGCCCGACUGCAGGCCCCUGACUGUGCUGUGUGACAUGGACACCGACGGUGGGGGCUGGACUGUCUUCCAGAGGAGGCUCGACGGCUCUGUGGACUUCUUCCGGGACUGGACCUCGUACAAGCAGGGCUUUGGCAGUCAGCUGGGGGAGUUCUGGCUGGGGAAUGACAACAUUCAUGCUCUAACUGCCCAGGGAACCAGUGAGCUGCGGGUGGAUCUUGCAGACUUCGAUGGCAAGCAGCACUUUGCCAAGUACAGCUCCUUCAAGAUCCAGGGAGAGGAGGAGAAGUACAAGCUCAUCCUGGGGAACUUCAUUGGGGGUGGUGCUGGUGACUCCCUGACUCCCCACAAGAACCAGUUCUUCUCCACCAAAGACCAAGACAAUGACCUUGAUUCUUCCUCCAGCUGUGCCCUGCGUUACCAUGGAGCCUGGUGGUACAAGGCAUGUCACACUUCCAAUCUAAACGGCCUGUACCUUGGGGGUCCCCAUGAGAGCUUUGCAGAUGGUGUCAACUGGAAGUCAUGGCGAGGGUACAACUAUAGCUACAAGGUUUCUGAGAUGAAGGUGCGCCUCAUCUAGCUCCC